GUAAAGCUCUUCUGAAAUUCUGAUAAUGGCCUAUACUUUUUUAAGUCUUAAAAAUGACAAAUGAUACUUUCUAGAGCUUCAAGAUCACCUCUUCCCAAAGAAGAAAAACCAUAACAAACCCAGCUGUGUCAAUGGCAAUCAAAACCCUAAAUUAGCCAAACUUAGGUCCUCAAUAUUCAACAUUCCCAUCUGUCAUCGCGUAAGCAAAUCUCCUAUUCUCAACUGUUUGGUUGCCUUAAUGUCUUCACGGCUUCACCUCUUUCUCCCACGACCCUCUAUAAAACUUUUCCCCUUCUCUGUCUACCCUCGUCGUCGUCGUCCUCUCUGCAGGCGGCGAGGAAAACCAUCCACCACCCAAUACUAUCGAUCAAUCAGUCGUCAUGGCUGUGAGGAAACCACCCUUCCAGCUCCUGGAAAUCAAUGUGAUAUCGGCGCAGGACCUAGCUCCUCUGUCCAGUAAAAUGCGCACCUAUGCGGUCGCCUGGGUCAACCCAACACGGAAGCUCUCCACCCGCGUCGACUCCCGUGGCCACGCCGACCCAACCUGGAACGACAAGUUUGUGUUCCGCGUCGACGACCAGUUUCUCCAAUCCGACACCUCCGCCGUCAUGAUCGAAAUCUACGCCCUCCGCUGCUUCCGCGACGUCUGCAUUGGAACUGUCCGAGUCCUCGUCGGCAAUCUCAUCCCAAACAACUUCCGCACCGGUGGAUCCACCCUCCGUGGUAUGCGAUUCGUAGCCCUCCAGAUCCGACGUCCCUCAGGCCGUCCACAAGGCAUCCUCAACAUUGGUGUCGCAGUCCUCGACAGUUCAAUGCGAAGUAUGCCACUCUACACCAUCGCCAACUCCGCCGUCGGAUACCGUGACCUAAUGGGGGAAGAAGUCCACACCCCUGGCCACCAUAACCACCCACCUCCCAAGAUCCAACUCCGCCGCACCAGAAGCGAUGUCUCCGAGACGCUAAAAAAUAACGAUAUCGCGUCGCAAAAAACCAGCUCCGUCGUCAACGGUUCAGAAGUUGCAACCAGUACCGGUGGUGGAGUAACGCCGAUAAAGAUGAUCGCGGGGGCGACACCCACGAAUGGAUCGAUGUACACGGAAUCCGAUUUGGGUCCCACGGCGUCAGUGGUGGCGGGGAGGCUGACACCGAUGACGGCGGAUGAGAUGUACCCGUCGGUGGAGGUGGGAAGCUCGAUAUUAGAGGGUUGGAGCGUGGAAGAUGGAAGCGUGGAGGGUUUGAGGACGAAGCUAGAGAAGUGGAGGAAGGAGCUACCACCUAUUUACGAUAAUGGGUAUGGAAGCUAUCGUACGCCGCGAAGGCAUGUGCGCAGGCACACUGAGGGAGAGAUGGGAGGAGGACUGUUCUCAUGUUUCGGUGGCAGGUAUGGGUGUGAGUUCACCAUCUUCUGUGGGCCCGGUCCCAAGAAGAAGAAGCGUCGCAACAAUGACAAGUUUCAGCUCAGCCCUUCUGAUUCUCUGGUGCUAACGGAACCCACACGUCUGAUAUAUCCUAAAAAGAGAAGAAAUUGAGAUUUUGAGAAAGAUGAAUAGCCACCGCCACCACCAGCACCACCAGCACCGGAGGAGACAAGAGAGACUAUCAUGCGCCUGGUGCGCGUGCGAGCGAAGGAGGUUUGAGUUGUGACUUGUGAGUAGCUUUGCAUUUGGCGCUAAAUAUUUGUAUUUGGGGGUCAUAGAUGGCUAAUGUGCGCCGUGGGUGGACUUUUAUACACCAAGGAAAGGAGCGUGGUGCGGCCGAGGGGCGUCCAGCUUUAUAUAUUUUCUGUUGCACUUUCUCAUGUUUUUUUUUUUUAUUAUUAUUAAAAUAAUUUUAUGGGUUUGGAUCCGCUUUCUACAUUGGACAGUGGCGAUAGAUCUGGACCCUCCAUGUGGGACCCACCUUUAACAGGGACCCACACCCCAUGGAGGGUCCAGAUCUGUUCCCACGUGGGAAACUGAUCCAACUCCAAUUUUAUUAGGGAGUGAUUAGUAGCUGGUGGAUUUUUUUUUUUUUUUUAUAAGAGAAUGUUAAUUAACAUUUUAAGUAUUA